UUUAUUAUUCCCUUGUCUGCCGAGUUCAGCCCAGUCCAGGCUGUCUGUUAGCCUGCAGCGGCUGUCCAGAAUUAGCAGUCAACCCCAGCCCAGCACCUCAGCACUGGACAGGCCGAAGCCUUCUAGCCCAAGCCUUCUAGCCGCAGCAGGCACCCCCUCUGGCCCCCUUUCACCGUGCUCCGUUCCGUGCCUAGGUAAUAACGGAGGUACCACUCCCCCCCAAACCCGCCCCUAGCUAAGGUUUUUGGCGUUGUUGACCAACGCGGCAACGCCUCCUCCUUCGCCCUCGCCGCCCGUCCCCCGUCUCGUCCCCCGUCCCCUCCUAUUUGCCUGCACCUGAGAGUGCCCGCCUUUUUUUGCCUGCCCCGUGCGCCCACCACCACACAGCACCACCCGCCUCGCAGUCUCCACUCUCCAGUCUGCCAGUUCGUCUGUGGUCUGUGGUCUGUGGUCUGUGUGCGCUGUGCCAGUGCCUCGUGUGGUGCCUCGUGCCUCGUGCCUCGUCUUACUCCAUCUUACCUCCCAUUUCUGACAAAACUUCGACCACCACUCCCAUCAUCCCCUUGACCCGCCAUCCAGCGCCCCGUCUGCUGAUCCUCAAUAACCCCCCGAGUUGUCCAGUCCAUCCAUCAACCGCAGCCCACGAGGACAUGUUGGCCAGCGCUUGAAACCCCGCCGUUUCGACUCGGACUUUCAGUCUUUCCCUCCUUCCAUCUCUUGUGUGUGUGAGAAAGUGUGUUAUGUGUGGUGGUGUCACAACUCCGUCACCCCACGUCCACCACCCACAACACUCCUUCCACCGCCGACAGGAAACGCGUUCCAGCCUGCUACACCCCAGCCUAUGAACAACACCACUCCUCCGACGCGUCCUUGCACCCACACCAAGCCUUCGAGUCGAGUUGAGUGAGGCCUUGGCUGCCUGUCCCGGGUACGACUGCCGCCUCCCACCGGCUGUCACCGUCCAUCUGCGUCUAUCUGCAGCCAGCAGCACCUCGACACCCCGGCUCACCCACCCACGCACCGACACCUGCCGCCAUCGACCGUCUGCAUCUCUAUCCCAUCGAACUGUUCCUCCACCGCCCGCCCAUCAUGUCUGUCGUGCCUCCUCCAAAAGGCACGCCCGCCCAGAAGACUACAGAGAUCCGCCGGCCCAGGGCCAACCAGAGGCUGACCGUCAGCUUCGACGACAGCGAGAGCGAUACUUCCGGCCGUGCUGCUGCAAAACUCCAAUAUGAGCUGGGCUGCGUCGAGACCAAGACCAUCACAACUACAACCACCACAAAGAGGUCGUAUCCUCCUCUCUUCAUCCGACAGCCGAGGCCCCUCGAGUCUCUCGAUGUCAAGGAGUACCCCCUUGCACAGGGCCCUACUCCUCCAGACCUGAGGAAGUUCACCCUCGACCUGUCCGAAAAUGACGACGAGUUCGCGUGGUCCUUCAGCGAACCCUCCUUCACAUCAGGAGAUAUCCAGCCCAAACCCCUCGAGAUCGAGGACAGCGUCAAGUCCAGUUCCGAACGCGGAACGCCGGCUCCUGAAACCCAACGGCAAGUCCCAAAGUCCUCGGCCGAACCCCAAACUCGCAAAUCCCGCCGCCAAGCAUCCGGAAACCAGACCGCAACCGCGCCCAACAGGUCCUCUCAGAGGUCCUCCCGCAGCCAUGCAGGCUCGUCAGUCUCCGACAGGCUCAGGAGGGCCGUCUCCCACGGUGCCAGGGAGAGAACCACUCGUCAGUCGUCUUCGUUGUAUCUGGCCACCCCGGAUAGAUCCGAGGUCACGGCCGCGAGCGAGGUGCCCCAGCGGCUGAGGCCCCUGAACGCCGACCCGACCUCAGGCCCCGGCCAGAGCCUGGCCGCUUAUGAGGCGGCGAGCCCGGCCGGCAGUGAAUCCCACACCGUCUUCAGCAGCAAUGUUGCUACCCCUCCCAUCACAGAUGCCGACGUCGAACCCUUUGCCGAGUCGCUCGACGACCUCUCACAGCCUCGCCCUUCCAUCACAGUUGCGGACCCAGAUGCCAGCCUGCCUAGCCCGAGGUUGUCUCCCACCCUGGCGGCCGCACAGUUGCACACGUCCGAACCCCAGGACGACGAUGCCGAGGAAGACGACGAGGGCUCGAGCUUCUCGCGGAGCUUGACCAGGCCCUCUCGGCGCCGUUGGCUGGAGGAGAGCCAGGAGCAGGAGACACAGUCCACGCUCGGCCUGGAAAUAGCUGAUAUGGAGCUGAUGGCCGAUGGAUCCCCCAGCCAACGCGACCGUCAAGCCUUCGAACGCGCCGUCGGCCUUCUCGACACCCGGUCCAUGCUCGAAUCUUUCGAUUCCAUGCCCAACGACAUGAAGACGUUCAUGAUGUACCAGUUCCUCCGCAGAUGCCCCAGAAAGACCCUACACAUGGUGGCAGACGUGGUGAACCCCGCGCUCAAGUGCGACUUUCUGAAGCAACUGCCUACCGAGCUCGGCCUGCACGUGCUGUCGUUCCUCGACCACCGCGAUCUCUGCCGCGCAGCUCGUGUCUCCAAGCACUGGCGGACCAUGAUCGACAGCAACGAGACCGGCUGGAAGGAGCUGUUUGACCGGGAUGGUUUCCAGCUCUCCCCCGGCGAGCUCAGGAAGGCCAUCACCCAGGGCUGGGGCUGGCAGGACCCCGAGGGCGCCGAGGGCGCGGAGCUCGACCUCAGCCUGCAGAACCGCCUGACUUCGACCGAGGCCGAGCUCAGGUCGCCCAAGCCCGAGAUGCCAAAGCUGCGCAGCUCGAAGAGGAAACGGGGAGUGCACAACUACGCCAACCUCGAGCGGACCAAACGGCGCGUCAGCCUUCAGGAGUCCAGUAAGGAGGAUGCCCCGCUGUCACCGCCCAAGUUCAAGGCCGAGGGCCCCAUCUCGGCGGCCAACGAGGCGGCCCUUUCCGUGCCUGACCCCCAGAUCGGCCUCCCCUCGCUCCGGAGGCUGCAUCUCUUCAAGUCCCUGUACCGUCGUCACUACAUGAUCCGCCAGAGCUGGACGAGCGGCAAGGUGAAGCCUGGGCAUGUGGCCUUUGCAGCGCACCCUCGCCAUGUCAUCACCUGUCUCCAAUUUGACGAUGACAAGAUCAUCACCGGCAGCGACGACACCCUCAUCCACGUAUACGACACCAAGACCGGCAAGCUGCGGAAGAAGCUCGAGGGCCACGAGGGCGGCGUGUGGGCCCUGCAGUACGAGGGAAACACAUUGGUGUCCGGUAGCACCGACCGAUCAGUGCGUGUCUGGGAUAUCGAGAAGGGCAUGUGCUCCCAGGUCUUUUACGGGCAUACGUCGACGGUGCGCUGUCUGCAGAUCCUCCUACCCACCGACACCGGUAAGGUCGGUCUCGAUGGCGAACCUGUGAUGAUGCCACCGAACCCGCUCAUCAUCACCGGCUCCCGGGACAGCCAGCUACGGGUGUGGAGGCUGCCCGAGGCAGGAUCUAGGCGAUACAUACAGACAGGGCCUCCCGCUAAUGACGCAGAGUGCCCGUACUUUGUCAGGAUCCUCAGCGGCCACACGCACUCAGUCCGCUCUAUCGCUGCCCACGGCGAUGUCCUCGUCUCUGGUAGCUACGACGCGACCGUCCGUGUCUGGCGCAUCAGCACCGGCGAGGCUCUGCACGUGCUCCACGGUCACACCCAGAAGGUCUAUAGUGUGGUCCUUGACCAUAAGCGUAACCGCUGUAUCUCAGGAUCUAUGGACUCCUUUGUCAAAAUCUGGGACCUUGACACGGGCGCCUGCCUGCACAGCCUCGAGGGGCACACGCUGCUCGUCGGGCUGCUGGACCUGCGCGACGAGCUCCUCGUCUCGGCCGCCGCAGAUAGCACCCUACGCAUAUGGAACCCAGACACAGGCAAGUGCAAGCACACGUUGAGCGCGCACACGGGUGCCAUCACCUGCUUCCAGCACGACGGCCGCAAGGUGAUCUCGGGCAGCGAGAAGACGGUCAAGAUGUGGGACGUCCAGACGGGCGACCACAUCCAGGACCUCCUGACCGACCUGGGCGGCGUGUGGCAGGUCAAGUUUGACGAGCGGCGGUGCGUGGCUGCCGUGCAGAGGGACAAUCUGACUUAUGUGGAGAUUCUUGACUUUGGCGCCGUCCGCGACGGCAAGCCACCGGAGGAGCUGGGCAAGCGCAUCCUGCUCAAUGGCCCGGAGGUGCAACGCCUGAUCGAGGAGGAGGUCUGACGCGUCGCACAUCAUUGAUGGGCCCACGGCCCACCUGGUUGUAGAGGUGUAGCCCAGAGACGCAGAACAGAGAGGGGAGGUAUAUUCCGCCAACCCACGCAACGACAUAGGUGGGUUGGUCGGUUGUCUAAUUCUGAUGCAAAAUGCAUAAUGGCAUGUGGAAUACUCAUUAUAUCGACGGAGCGAGGGGAACGCGUGCAUGGAUUUUUCUCUCUUUUUUUUUACUCACUUUAUGAACACACACACAACACCGACAGCGCGGCAAAUGGCUGGGGACAUCUGGAACUGACCGAACCACACACACUCAAAAAAGUUGUUUACUUGUACUUGCUGUUUAUAGCGAUACGGAGAACCAAGGUACAUAUAUGUAUGCGUCUUCUCUCUCGUUUUCAUGUCGUUGGUGUUGUAUGUUUGUGUUUUCCUGGCAUGUCACUGAGAAGGAAGAGGAUGGGACGGGACGGGAUGGAUGGCCGUGGUCAUAUUUCUGUUGAUGCAUACCCCCAGAACGAACGGACGGACGGACGGACGGGCUCUUUGUUGAUUGAUUGGUUCCUCUCUUCACCAUAUUACCACCCUCGUUGAAAAUUAUCGAUCGGGAGUCAAUACCGAGAGGGCUUCGUCUAUACAAGAUGGGCGGUCACUUUUUUCUUUUUCGCCUCCACUCCCACCGCUCUCCCCAUGGGAUGGUGGUCGCAGCAAAUCUUCAUCCACAACGGCGUUUAUGGUCUGGUCUUGUUAGGAGGGAGGGGGGGAAGGAACCGAGGGGUUCAUCUAUCUCACUCAGUGCAUUGAUGUUGUGGUCAAGACUCGUUCCUCAUCCGCUUUGCGCGCGUGUCGGCUCGGGUUGAAGUACCUACCUGCCUUCUUAUCAAUCAUGGCGAUAUCUCCACUGCUGCGCACUACCGCGGUCGGUCUCUACUAGGUACUUAUAUGUACUUAUCGUGGCUACGUACUGACUGACUGGUCGGGACUGGUCUCGGUCGGUCGGCCUUGUUCAUCAUGUUUUUUAUUUGUUGUCUUUGUUAACGUCUAGAGGAAUAAUUGAUGCAUCAUGAUCAUA